AUGUUGUUAACGCAUGAUCCACUUUCAGAAAAGGUUUUCAUCAAUGAGAAUGCUCCCGUGGAAGAUAAAGUGGAGGGACGAAUUGUGGGGGGGGAAAAAGUCCCGGAAGAUGAAGAGAAUUUUAGUUAUCAAGUGCAAAUAGUCACUAAGUAUCACGAGUUCUGCUCAGGUUGUAUUAUAGAUGAAUAUCACAUACUGACUGCCGCUUUCUGCGUUUAUAAUGUGAAGGUGCAAGAUAUGCAGGUGAGAGCUGACAGCCUGACUCGCGGUGCGGGGAUGCUAGUGCCGAUUGCCUCAAUAGCAAUUCCUGACGAGUACGACCCUCUGGAACUUGACAUGGACGUUGCAGUCCUGAGGACAGUCCGUCCUUUCAAGUUCAGGAUAGACUUCUUUCCAAUUCCUAUAUUAGACGCUGAAUCUGAUUUACCAGAUUCAGUCGUAGUAUCUGGUUGGGGGAAAAAAUAUUGGGAUAGUGGUAAUCAUAACAGUGAUAACAAUUUUGGUUGUAGACAGAAAGGUGGGACUGAUGGUGGCGAUCAUGAUAGCGGUAAUCAUAACGGUGAUAAUUAUGAUGGAGUUAAUACUUAUGGUAGUGAUAAUGAUGGCAGCUUUGAUGAUAUUGAAAAGGUUUUUCACUCUGAGAAUGAUCGUGAGUCGGACAAAGUCGAGGGACGGAUUGCUGGAGGCAGCUUAGCAAGUGGAGCUGGGUACGUCGAAUUUAUCGUGCAAAUACUCGUUAAGGGUAAGAGGUUCUGCUCGGGCAGUAUAAUCGGGGAGCAUUACAUUUUGACUGCCGCGCACUGCGUUGAUGAUGUGAAUCCGCAAGAUGUUGAGGUGAGAGCUGGCAGCCAGAUCCGCGGAGAGGGGAUGCUGGUGCCGAUUGCCUCAAUAACAUCCGCUAGCGAUACGGACUACCUCGAUAUGGACGUUGCAGUCAUGAGGACAGUCAAUCCGUUCAUGUUCAAUGAAAACUUCGUUCCAAUUCCUCUGGCAGAUCCAAAUUCUGAUUUACCAAGAGAUGUAGAUAUUUUCGGCUGGGGGUCUGAUAUGGAAAGUAAUAGACUAAGUGAAGACCUUCGCUUCGUGGAUUUAUCAUUGAUUAGUAACAUGCAAUGCCAAGUCCGCACCCCGCAGUUGGAUAUUACCAAGAACUUGUUCUGCGCUGAAAACACUUAUAAAGGAGGAGAUGGGGCCUGCGAGGUAUUCAUGUCAUAG